AGAGAGAAGGGGCGAGCGGGGUAGAAGUAAAUGGGCCAAGCAGCAGUCUCAUUCUUGCUGCGUGAGAUCACGGAGCGGCAGAAUGUGUCGGGAUCCGCUCGACUACUGAAAACAAGACUGAACAAGACAGACAGGAGAAGAAGACCCGGAGAGAAGCAAAGGGAGGGAGAGACGAGGACGUAGGAAGGAAGGAAGGAAGGAAGGAAGGAGGGCGGAGGAGGAGACUUGGAGGAGUUUUUGGGAUCUUUUGGGGAUCUACUCUCCGGACAGGAUCUAGUUGGCAAGUUGUGCAGCAGGGGCUGAGCUAGCAGCCCUGCCCCGGAGUUACCACAGCCGCCUCACUGCAGCAGGGACAAAAUGAACUAUCUGAACGUGUUGGCCAAGGCGUUGUAUGACAAUGUGGCGGAGUCUCCGGAUGAGCUGUCCUUCCGCAAGGGGGACAUCAUGACGGUGUUGGAGCGCGACACGCAGGGAUUGGAUGGCUGGUGGCUCUGCUCGCUCCAUGGACGCCAAGGCAUCGUCCCUGGCAACCGCCUUAAGAUCCUGGUUGGCAUGUACGACAGCAAGCAACAGGCCACGCCCUCCACGCCAGAUCCAUCUUCUCCUUGUCCCGCCUCCCUGUUGCCAAGACCCUUCCUCCCUCAGAGCGCCUACGCCAAACCCUCGCUUCCUCCAUCUUCUGCUAUCGCCACAUCUUCCCCUGGGUUCGCCAACAAGCCCCUCCCCGCAGCUCAGUACACGUCCAUGCACCCGGCUUACUCCACCCCCAGCCCCGCACAGCCCAACCCUGACUCUGUCUACAUGAUGCCCCCUUCCCAUGGCCCCAAACCCAGUCCCCAAAGUCUGUACCAGGUCCCCUCUGGCCCAAGUGGACCCCCUCCAAAGGCUCAGCCAGGACCCCCCAUUAAGGCCCCGGCUCUAGCCCAGAGACAGUACCAGAAGUCUGGGCAGGAUAUCUACCAGGUGCCCCCCUCUUUAGGCCCAGGACCAGGUCAGGGAGCAGCCCCAGCUGUAGGGCCAGGAGCCGGGCAGGAUGUGUACCAGGUGCCCCCCUCCCUGGAGAAGAGGAACUGGGAGAGUAGCAACAAGCCACUGGGCAAGGUGGUUGUUCCUACUCGGGUUGGACAGGUGUAUGUGUACGACACAGUGAAACCAGACCAGGACGAGUAUGACGUCCCGCCCAGACAUCAGCCUCCGACCCAGCAGGACAUAUAUGACGUGCCACCCACCCGCCAGCAGUACAACACACAGGUGUAUGACACUCCUCCCAUGGUGGUGAAGGGGCCCUCUAGUGGUCAAGAUAUAUACGACACCCCACCAAGCACAGACAAGAACACACAGCAAAUGGUCUAUGACUUCCCCCCGUCUGUCAGUAAAGACGUCCCUGACGGUCAGCCAAUCAGAGAGGAAACCUACGAUGUACCACCCCACUUUGCCAAACUCAAACCCCAGGCCCCCAUCCCUCCUGGCCAGUACCUGCACAACAACCUCAACGAUGACGACGAUGACGAACCGCCGAUCCCUGAGGACGUGUAUGACGUCCCGCCCCCCAUCUUGACAGACAAACACUUCCACAGAGACAGGGGCGGAGUCAGCCAGGCCGCCCAGGAGAUCUACGACAUCCCGGCCAGCCUGCGGACCGGAGGACACACCGCCCAGGAUGUCUACGACUUCCCCCGGGAACGAGAGGACAGAGGAGGAGACAGGGGAGACCACUAUGUCUAUGAUGUCCCACCACAGGUUGUCCGUGACGCCCAGUCCACCAGUGAGGAGCUGACCAUGUCCUUCAAGCGGCUGUCUGCCUCGAGCACAGGAAGCACACGGAGCAACCACUCUGCUUCAUCCUUAGACAUGGUUCCUGUCCGCGACACCCCAUCUUCCUCCUCACUUCCUGCCACUGGCUCAAUUUCUGGAAAACCCCUCAUGCUGGACUUGGAGCAGGCCAUGGAGCGCCUGUCUCGCCUUCAGCAAGCUGUUGAGUCAAGUGUCUCCCUUAUGAUGUCAUUCAUCACAGGCAACUGGAGGAGUCCUGCCCACCUGGAGGGGAACCUCUCAGCCAUUCACCAGGCUGCUGAUCGGGUGCGCUCCACUGUCCGAGACUUCCUAGAAUUUGCCCGGGGCGCUGUGGCUAAUGCCGCCCAGGCCACAGACCGCUCACUGCAGACCAAACUGGGCCGACAGGUGGGAAAGAUGGAGGAGGUCUUCCAGAGCUUAAUUCGACACAGUCAGAGCUUAGACGCCAUAUCCUGGUCACAUACAGAGCUGACAACACCGCCACCAGGUGGGGAUGAUUUAGAUCGACUAAUCAUGACGGCACGCGGCAUUCCGGACGACGCCAAGCAGCUCGCCUCUUUUCUCCAUGGUAACGCCUCGCUGCUCUUUAAAAGGAACAACAGGCAGCAGCAGCAGCUGCCCCUUCCUCCAAUCCCAGGGGAGAUCAGCGGUCACAUGACAGGAUCAGGAAGCGGGAGCUAUCAGGGAGGGGAGAGGGUGAACAUUCAGUCGCGGCCCCUCCCCUCUCCGCCAAAGUUUUCAGCUGCAGAGGAAGAGGAAGGUGUGGACAGGCCGUACGAGACCACAGAGGAAGGCUGGAUGGAGGACUAUGACUACGUACAUCUACAGGGGAAGGAAGAGUUUGAGAAGAACCAAAGACAGCUGCUGGAGAAAGGCAACAUUAUCAGACACAACAAGACACAACUGGAACAGCAACAGAUUAAACAGUUCGAGCGGCUAGAGCAGGAAGUCAGCCGACCCAUCAACAACGACAUGACGGGCUGGGUCCCACCCCCGCACCACCCUCAUGCCAAUCAGCUCGCCCAGAACGGCUCAGGAGGCCCCUCCUCCUCCAAGCUGUGCCACGGCGACCGCCAGCUCCUCCUCUUCUACCAGGAGCAGUGCGAGCAGAACGUUACCACGGUGACCAACGCCAUCGACGCCUUCUUCACAUCUGUCAACUCCAACCAGCCGCCCAAGAUCUUCGUGGCACACAGCAAGUUCGUCAUCCUCAGCGCGCACAAGCUGGUUUUCAUCGGCGACACGCUGUCCCGCCAGGCCAAGUCACCUGAGGUGAGGGCCCGGGUGGCCCAGAGCAGCAACACCCUCUGCGAAAAACUCAAAGACAUCGUGAUCAGCACGAAAACUGCGGCGCUGCAGUAUCCCUCGCCCGGAGCGGCCAGAGAGAUGACUGAGAGGGUGAGGGAGCUGGCAGGAUGUACGCAGCAGUUCAGGAUGGUGCUGGGACAGCUGCUGGUGAUGUAGAGGGGUGAGGAGGGAGGAGGAAUAGAACCAAACAGUGACACGAACUCAGAUGCCCAGGAGCACAGGGCAGUAAAUCCUCCCUGUAACACAGGGUGGUAGACUCUAUACACCCCGGCAGCACCGGGCAGGAGGACCUGGAGACCCCUGGAGCACAGAGAGCUGCAGGAAACCCUGUACACCCUUCCAGUGUGAGGUUGGAGACCCCGUGUGCCAGGACAGGGCCAGGUUCUCCAUCCCUAACGCUCCUGAAAUGUAGCAUCGGAAAACCCUGUGCGGCCCUGGAUCCUGGGGGUCUGGGACCCUGCCUGCUCUGUCUGGGACCGGGGACACUGACCUCACAUCCAUCCUCUGCUCCCUCCCUCCUCUCUCUCUCCAGACCCUACCUCACCUUCCACUGGGACCAUUCCUCUCUCACCUCUCCUUCCUCAGCGCGCUUUUUAUUCUAGACAAACAAAAAAAAAAGAACAUUUUAUCUUCAGUGGGCUGGGCCAAUGGUUGUAAAAUAAUCAUUGUAAAUAUUUAAGUUACCUAUUUAGCCAGAAAACCAGAAAGAAAAGAGACUAAAGAACUUCCAGUAUAUAAAUAUAAAUAUAUGGUUCUUUUUUUAUUUGAAGAAAGAAAAGAUGAAAACAUAAGUGUAGUUUUUAGACAAUAUCAAUAAUUGUUAUUAUUAUUAUUGCUAUACCGUAUAAUUAUAGCUCUGAUUCCUGAUCCUUGUAUCACUAUUGUUAUGGAUGUGUAAAUUCCAGAUGAUAUGUAUGACUGUAUGUUGUAGUACUUCUAUGCUCUUCUCCAUCCCUGACAAAGGCACACUUUCCAAGAAAACACUGGAGCACACAACCAUUUUUAAACUUCACCUGACGACAAACGGACAGCUGUCUCUAAAUGUUGCCUCUGUGUUUGAGCAGUACAUCACUGCCUGUGGCUUGAUACGUUGAUGUCAGUCUACCAGUGCAGGCAGCACAUUGUUCUCUGUCCUGUUGCAGGUGAUACUGCAUCCAAAAGAUGUCCACAGAACUGUAAAGUUCCAGUACUGCAGUUAUUAAAGAUGAUCUCUGUGCCAUCUCA